UAAAGAAUUAGAAAAGCCACACUCCAUUCUUUCUCCUCCAACUCUUUUUGGAGAACCAAAUCAAGAUUCAUCACAUCUUUUGUUUCUCCACUCCAUUGUUUAUUUCUAUUUCAAUAUCAAAAAUGGGUGGCGAAACUAAGGUUUAUACUUUGGCAGAGGUUGCCCCCCAUAACAAUGUUAAAGAUUGUUGGCUUGUUAUUAGUGGCAAGGUGUACGAUGUGACAAAAUUCUUGGACGACCACCCAGGUGGCGAUGAGGUUUUAUUGGCUGUUACUGGAAAGGAUGCAACCGAUGAUUUUGAGGAUGUCGGCCACAGCAGCAGUGCUCGAGCAAUGUUGGACGAGUACUAUGUGGGCGAUAUUGAUUCAGCAACCAUCCCGACUAAAACCAAGUACACUCCUCCCAAUCAGCCUCAUUACAACCAGGACAAGACAUCCGAGUUCGUAAUUAAGCUCCUCCAAUUCUUGGUUCCCUUGAUUAUUUUGGGUGUAGCUGUUGGCAUCCGCUUCUACACCAAAGAAAAAUCCGCUUGAAGAUUGAGUGCAACGGUAAAUUCAUAAUAAGCGUCCGAAUUUGCAAGAUGUGACCCUUAGUCACCUCCCCGCAACCCCCCC